AUUUUUCGGCAUUGUUGUUCUCAUUUUCGACAAAAUUUCUAAAAAUUACUAUUUGAAUUAAAUGAAUGAACAUCAAAAAUGGAAGAAAAACAUCAAUGCCCUGAAUGCAGUAAAACAUUUCGAAAAAAAUAUCAUUUAAACAGACACAUGCAGACUCAUACAUGUAAGAAGCCGUUUAAAUGCAACAUCUGCGGAAAGUGUUUUUCUGAUAGCAGCAAUUUAAAACGGCACCUGAAAUUGCAUUCGGAUGAAAAGCCUUUCAAUUGCAAUUACGAAGGCUGUGGAUGGAGCUUUAAACUUAAACAUGACCUAAAACGACACGUGUACAGACAACAUCCUCAAGAGAUUUUAUCUAAAAGUUCACCAGACGACCCAAAGAUAAAAAGCCGUACAUGUGACAUCUGUGGAGAAUUUUUUGAAUCUCCAUUUGCUUUAAGACGUCACUUGAUAUCUCAUACCAGAGAACGGCGAUAUUUGUGUCAUUUUUGCAACGACGCAUUCAGAGCCAAAAGGUCCUUAAACAGACACACCAGAACGUUCCAUCCGAAAGAGAAAAUUCCAUCUUCCUGCCAGGAUGUAAGAGACAACAUUAAAAACGUUAUACAUGAGAGGAAGAAAACAGAAUUGAAUCCGUGUUGUAGCGCAGCAAUUCAUUCUGAAAAAGCGCGAAUACAACGUGAACAAAUCACUUUUGGAAUGACAAGUGACACAUCACAUGAAAUUGAAGACAUUCACGAAGACACUACUUUCGAAACAGAUGUGGAACCAUCGACAUGUUUCGAUCUGUUCCCAGAAGUAAGAAUCGAUCGAUAUGAAUUGAAAUGUGUCUUGUGUCAAGUUAAAUUUGACGACGAGGUUUCAAUGCAAGAACACAUGAAAAAGUAUCAUUGAGGAACAUUUUCAAAUUUAAAAAAAUUGAAAUACUUUUUAGUUUACGAUAUUUCUUUUGAGAAUCUUUCGAUUUUAAAUAUGAGUUUGAAAUUUGAAUGUUGGUAACAAAAUAACACACGUUAUUUAAUAUUUAAAAUUAUAAUGAUUUAAAUCAAAAA